AUGGUCGUCGGGCAGGACUACAACCAUCAAAGCAAUCGGUUCUUGUCUGAAUCUGAUGAGAACUCCAAUGAGCGAGUUGAUCAAUACCUGGCCUUUAUCGGUAAAUCAGAUAAACGUAAGGACUACUUGGAUAAAGCACAUGGGAAGAAAAUUUCAGUCUACAAGUUUGCCAAUAAAUAUCAAUUGGAUGAUCCUUCAGAAAUGUGUGAACUCAUGAACCAACCAAGAAUAAAAGAUGAUCUUACUGAAUAUGUAUCUGAUUGCUCCGGCAUGCUCAAUAAAGUGGCACCUCUUUGUAAAUUGCCCAAGAAGAAUUAUGUUACAGAGUGUCAGCGUGAUAUGUACAAGUGCGGACCCAAAGGCAACUCAAGGUGCAGCUGUCAGACUUUGUCAGAAUACGCCCGGCAAUGUUCCAGGCUGCUAGAGCCAGUGUGCAACUGGAGAAAUAUCUCAUUCUGCCCUCCCAUACUUUGUCCAGGAAAUCAAGUCUACCAGGAAUGCGGAUCUCCCUGCUUGUCGACUUGCUCCAAUCCACAGACCACGUGCGACAGUUAUGGCACAUACGGCUGCUUCUGCCCCGCAGGGACUGUUCUUGAUGAUAUUACUGCCAAAAACAGAUGUGUUCGGCUGAGUCACUGUCCCUGCACUCUAAAUGGACAAGUCUUCGCUCCCGGAGGUUCUGUUAAUUCACCGUGCAAAACCUGCAAAUGCAACAUGGGGAAAUGGAACUGCAUCAAUCUACCUUGUCCAGGCCGAUGUUCUAUUGAAGGGGGCUCAUUUGUGACCACAUUUGAUUUCAGACAAUACAGAUUCCAUGGAGUCUGCACUUACCUCCUUGUCAAAAGUCGUAAAAUGCCCGGUGGUGGCACAAUCGAAGCAGUUUUUGAGAAAUUGGGUGUUAGAUAUUCAGAAACCCAGCUGACAAAGAUAAUCUACGCCACAAACCAGAAAAAGAUCGUAAUUUGCCAGAAAGGCAUAGUGGAAGUUGACAACGAAGUCAAGCAGCUACCGUAUCGAGAUGGACUAUGCGGCAAUUUUGACAGACUUUCUCUGAAUGACUUCAACAGUAGUAUGGGAAUCGAGGAGGGGACUGCUGGCAGUUUUGUAGACUCCUGGAGAGUUAUCGAACAUUGCAAGUGUGCUCAUGAUAAAGACUGCGACCCCUGCUCACUCAGCCAGUCGAACGGAGUCACUUGCCACAGUGAUCAUGUUUUUGAUUAUGAUUGCAAGGCGUGUAACCGCACCUGCUUCUCACUGUCUAAUCCAAGCCUUGAAUGCACUAAGAUUGGAGUUCCAGUGGAUGGAUGCAUUUGCCCACCAGGCACCUUCCUCGAUGAUAACAACAUGUGUGUCACUGAAUCAAGCUGCCCAUGCUUUCUGCCUGAUGGAGCUGUGAUACCCCCUGGCAAGAGUACUGACAUUUUGGAUCACAUUUGCUUUUGUAAGAAUGGGAAACUUGAUUGUUCUAUUCGUUCACUUGUUCCUGAAGUCAUGUGUGACCCUCCUAAAAUGUACUUUGAUUGUGCACAUGCGAAGAAGUUUGAAUAUCGAGCAGCUUUUGCACCGACCUGUCAGAUGCAUGCUACAGAUACACCUUUUCUAGAAGCCAAGUGUGUUUCUGGCUGUAUGUGCCCACCAGGAAUGUUGUUGAAUGAGAAAGAUCAAUGUGUCUUUCUUGAGGACUGUCCGUGUGAAUUCUGUGGCGUGUUUUAUCGUCCCGAAGCGACUAUAGUAAAAGAAUGCCAGAAAUGUAUUUGCUUUAGAGGUAAAUGGGAAUGCACUGGAGAUGCAAAGUGUCCUUCAACCUGUGUGAUUCAUGGAGAAGGGCAUGUGACUACCUUCGAUGGAAAACAAUAUGUAUUUGAUGGCAGUUGUGAAUAUACUCUUGUUCAGGAUGCUUGUUCUGCUAAUUAUAGACUGCCUUCAUUCAAGAUAGUGACAGAAAAUAUUAUUUGUGGUACAAAGGGUGUGGUCUGCACUAAGUCCAUCAAGAUCUACCUUGAGGAGGUCCUAAUUAAACUGGCAGAUGGACACUAUACAUUAAUACCUCCAAAUGCUGCCAAACAUUUUAAAGUGGUCAGCAAUCCACUGUAUCUAAAAUUUGAUUUUGUGAUCAAGGCAAAGCUUGAACUAACAGUCAUCUGGAAUAAGAACAUGAACGCACACAUUUCCAUUACCAGACUCUCUAAGUUUCCAGUGUGCGGACUGUGUGGUAAUUACAAUGGUAAUGUGGAUGAUGAAUACAUAACCCAGAACAAAUAUUUAGUGUCCAAUUUACUGGUCUUCGCAAACUCUUGGAAGGAAGAUCCCAUGUGUAGAGAUGUAACUGAAGUUGCAACUCCAUGUCACAAAAAUCCGUAUCGUUUUGCCCGGGCUGAAAAGAUGUGUGCUAUAAUUAACAGUAAAGUGUUUGAAUCAUGUCACAAAUUGGUUUACCGAAUGCCGUAUUACGAUAAUUGCGUUCGAGAUGCUUGUGGUUGCGAGCUGGUUGGGGACUGCGAGUGUCUCUGUGAUGCUGUUGCUGUCUACGCUAAAACUUGCAUUGAUGCUGGUGUCUGCAUCGACUGGAGAACUCCGGACUUCUGCCCGGUGUACUGUGAUUACUACAACACCCGGAAGCUGCACUCCACCUUGAGAGAAAUUGCUCAGUUUGGCUCAACUAGGUGGCACUACCAACCAUGCCUGUGCCCCGCCAACAUUCACAUCUUCGGGAAGUUCAACAUGGAGGGUUGCUAUGUUUGUGCUAAAGAUGAAUACUUUAAUGAAGACUUAAAACGUUGUGUAUCAUGUGGUGAACGUCCUACGUAUUUCCCACCAGAUCAGGUUGUUGUCUGGUGCGAUGACUGCUCACCAGUGGACAUCACACCAGGACCGUGGGACCCCAUGACUAUUACAAACCAGAAUAUGGCCCACACCAUCCUCCCAGUGAAGUGGGACCCCAUGACUAUUACAAACCAGCGGGACCCCAUGACUAUUACAAACCAGUGGGACCCCAUGACUAUUACAAACCAGCUCGUUCAUGUUGUUGCGGCGUUGGCUGAGCAGGAACUGGGGGCUGAAGUCAGUCCCCACUGUGCCAGGACUGGGUCAGUGAGAGCUCCUGUUGUCUGGUGCGAUGACUGCUCACCAGUGGACAUCACACCAGGGCCGUGGGACCCCAUGACUAUUACAAACCAGAAUAUGGCCCGCACCAUCCUCCCAGUGAAGCGGGACCCCAUGACUAUUACAAACCAGAAUAUGGGCCACACCAUCCUCCCAGUGAAGUGGGACCCCAUGACUCUUACAAACCAGAGGCUGAACCCUUUAUCUCUGACACUGGCUGUGGAGUUGGUGAAGAUCUGCUUGUCCUGUGAAUCCAUCUUCUUCUCGGGAGCUCCCUCAGCAUGGAAGCGGGACCCCAUGACUAUUACAAACCAGAAUAUGGGCCACACCAUCCUCCCAGUGAAGUGGGACCCCAUGACUAUUACAAACCAGCGGGACCCCAUGACUAUUACAAACCAGAAUAUGGGCCACACCAUCCUCCCAGUGAAGCAGGACCCCAUGACUAUUACAAACCAGGUGAGCUGA